AAAGGACAAAUGUGGUACAGGCACAGCACACAGUACAGCUAUCCAACUUUCAAUCCAUCGAGUCUCCAUCUCCGCCACUUUCCUCACGCGAAAAUGGAUCUCCGUCCCUCUCAAUCUCGCCGUCCGCCCAGCUCUCCGUCGUCACCACCUAUCCUCCCCGACGAAAUCAUGGCAGAAGUCCUCUCCUUCCUUCCCGUCAAAUCUCUCAUGCAAAUGAAAAGCGUCAGUAAGUUCUUCAACUCCCUCAUUUCCGAUCCCACCUUUAUCAAAAUGCAUCUCCGUCGAUCCGAGCAAAACCCUCAACUCACACUCGUCUCAGGAAAAUCCGUAGCAGAUUUCCGUUUCGUCACUCUCCCUAUCAACAGUUUUCUCGAUAAUCCUCUUAUCACCGUUCCGGAGAAGCCUUUCCAUCCUUUGUUAGACACUGUCCAUUACUGGUUGGUUGGUUCUUGUAACGGGUUGCUCUGUUUUGCUCAUUAUUCUAGUUUCACCGGUAGCUACAGAGAUUGCUGGCUCAAUUUCUAUAAUCCAGCUACAAGUACUUUAUCUAGGAAAUUAGGGUAUUUUAAGGAUUAUUGCAAGCAUCGUUAUUUUUUCUCUAGAUAUGCAUUUGGUUAUGAUAGUUUAACUGAUAAUUAUAAAGUAGCCGCGUUACGAGUGAUUGGUGGUGAAAAUGGUGACAACGAAACUCAAUUGAGAACAGAGGUGAGAGUUUUUAGUUUGAAGGAUAAUGUUUGGGGAGAUAUUCAAGGUUUUCCGGUUGGACCUCUCCGGUUAACUCUUCCAAGUGAGAAUCAUGGUGUUUAUUUGAAUGGGAGUCUUAAUUGGCUGGCGCUACAAAAUUGUUACUCUGCGGAUAGGUUUUAUCAUAGUAGUGAUAUUAUUCUUGAUCAAUUUGUGAUCAUUUCGCUUGAUUUGGGUGCUGAGAGACACGUGGAGUUAAUGCCUCCGCAGGGUUUGGAGGAAGUGCCGUUGAUUGAGCCGACUAUUUCUGUGUUGCUGGAGUCUCUUUGUUUUUGUCAUGAUUUCAAACAGACUUGUUUGGUUAUAUGGCAGAUGAAGGAGUUUGGGGUUGGAGAGUCUUGGACUCAACUCUAUAGAAUUAAAUAUCAAAAUCUUCAACACAUUGGAUGCUGGUUGCCGUUGCACAUUUCUCAGGAUAUGAAUACUUUGGUAUUGGCAAACAAGCGAGACCUGCUAGCUAUUAUCUAUGAUUGGACAAAUAAUAGAGUAGAGAUAGUUACCAAUAAACCGCGAUGGGCCUUUUGCAAGGAUUAUGUUGAAAGUUUGGUUUCUAUUCGUUGAAAAUCGACAACCCCAACUUCAAGUACAUCAGGUGCCAUUGAUGGAACUCGGUAGAAUGUUGUAAGAAAAAGGAUGGGGCUUAUUGGAAUAACGAAUAAUUUCUCUAUUGAUGGAACUUGGUGGAAUGCUUGGAAGAAAAAGGAUGGGGCUUACUGGAACAACGAAUAAUUUCGCUAUUGAUGGAACUUGGUGGAAUGCUUGGAAGAAAAAGGAUGAGGCUGAUUGGAACAAUGAAUAAUUUCAUCAGUAACAAGUUACAGCACUCAUUUUGUUUAGCACAUUAUGACCCUCUUGAUGUUGCUCUUUAGGUUUCUUUGAAAACAUGUGUAGUGUAGCAACUUUCUGUGUUAUAGUUUGCUGGUUUUUGUGUAAAGGCAGGUGAAAGUCUUCAACUUUAUAAGUAAUUUAAGUACACUUUUUGUAGAACAGGUACAGUUCACAUUACAAUUCAAAUCUUGUUGUAGUUUUACAAGAUUCAAUUAAUGAUAUACUGAAAAUCUAUAUCCGGAUAUUCUUUUC